AUGAGUAAAUUGAUUGAUAGGAAGUAUACUCAUGGUGGAGGUGCUUUGUUUGAAGAGGAACGCCGAUUCUAUGAAGUUAAUGGCUACAUUAUAAGAAAAAACAAUGUCAGUGAUGCUUUAUUAGACGAAAUUGGUAAAAGAUUUAUUGACAUUUGCAAUGGUAAAGUUGAUGUGAGUAUGGGGAUGAGACUUGUGAAAGAUGCUUCGCUGAGGCAAAAAGGUGUAAAAGGUGUUAAUUCAGUGUCUAAGGUACAAGAUUGUCUACAUGAUGAUGUCAGUGAUCCUGCUAUAACGGAUGCUGUUACUAGUAUUAUAGGACCUAAUAUCACUGCGAUACAUUGCAUGGUUAUAAAUAAACCACCGGAUUCAAAUCCUAAUUCUUCAAUGCAUCCACUACAUCAAGAUCUUCACGCUUUUCCAUUUAGGCCCCCGGAACGAAUUGUAGUCUCAUGGACGGCAUUGGAAAAAGUUGAUAAAAACAAUGGCGGUCUUUAUGUGGUACCAGGAACACAGACUCUGGAACUGCAACCACAUGUUUAUUUUGAGGCCUUUAAAAAUACCUUCUAUUUUGGUGUAAAAGGUUUUGAUCAUUUACCAAAAGUCUAUUUGGAUAUGGAGAAGGGAGGUACAGUAUUUAUCCAUCCACUUAUUUUACAUGGCUCUGGACCUAACAUCACCAAACGGUUUAGAAAAUCAGUAUCUUGUCAUUAUGCGGAUUCCAACUGUUAUUUUAUUGAUGUGAAAGGAACGGUGCAAGAAAACAUUGGGACUGAAAUUAUGGAUAUGAUUUUAAAAUAUGGGUAUUCAUGCAGUUUUGUAGAAUACUGGAAAAGAAAAAGUCGUUUAAUAAAGGGCCCUUCUGGAAACUUUCAAAACUUUGAAAAUCGCUUAUAGAGUUUUCAUAAAAGACUAGAAAGUACUACGGUGGAAGAAAUUAUAUACUAGAUAC